AUGCGCCUCACACACGCGCCCUUACUGUCCCUUCUCACCCUCACAACCGCAUCCCUACAACAAACACCCCCACGCGCACCCACCCGCCUCUGGGCAACACACUACAAUGGCAAUGUCUAUACACUUGCCUUCAAUGGCCAUGAUCUGUCCCUCACCGACACGGCCAAGACCUGCGGGGCCAUGCCGAGCUGGUUGACCUUUGACCCAGAGACGCGCACUGUGUACUGUUCUGAUGAGGAUGGCACGGCGGACUCGAGCACGCAUGGCACCUUGUGGGCGUAUCAUGCUGGAAAUAAUGGGAAAUUGCACCAGAUUGCAAAGACGAACACAGUUGGCGGAGGAGUGAAUAGUGUCAUCUAUGAGGGUGGGAAGGGUGGGAAAUACCUUGCCAUCGCUCACUACGAGGGCUCUGCAAUCUCAACUUUUGCCCUUCCUCUCCGCGACAAUCAGCCCGCCGUCCAGGAAUUCCACUUCAACCUGACCCACCCGGGUGCCGUCCCACAGCAAGACGCACCUCACCCGCACGAAGUCUUCCUCGACCCAACCGGCUCGUUCGUUGUGAGUCCCGAUCUGGGCGCUGACCUGCUGCGCGUGUACUCGAUCGAUAGCGGAUCCGGCAAGCUGCAGCAAUGCCCACCGGUCAACAUCACGUUCGGCAACGGUCCUCGCCACGGUGUAUUCUGGACCGAUGGAACGAACAACGAUACGUACUCCGCCAGUACCCAAGAUGGCCGGCCAGAGCACUCGCGCCAGGUCGCAGCCGUCGGCAAGACGAUGAUGUACCUUGCGAACGAGAUUGGCGGCACAGUUGACGUCUUUGACGUUGCCUAUGCGCGAUCGGGAUGUCUCUCGUUCCAAAAGACGCAGACCAUGGUGCCGUAUACGAACGGCACAAUGCCCAAGGGUGCGACCCCGGCCGAGAUCCGGAUGAUCGGAAAUGCGCUCUACGUCUCUAUUCGCACUGAUCAAGGCUUCGCCCCGAAUGAUAGUAUCGUCACUCUGGAUCGCUCGCCGCGCACUGGAGCUGUGACGCUCCGGAAUAAGACUUCCUCUUAUGGUAAGGUGCCACGGACGUUUACGAUCAACCGGGCUGGUGAUCUGGUUGCGAUUGGAAACCAGGCCACAUCGACCGUCGCAAUUGUGCGCCGGGACCGGGAAACCGGAAACCUAGGCGAGGAGAUCGCGGUGCUGCAGGUUGGAGAGCCAGGCAAGGUUGGUAGUGCCGAGGGACUGAGCAGUGUGAUCUGGGAGGAGUGA